AUGGAGAGCAUGCUACCCAUCCUAACUCUGGGGCUGUUGGUGACCGGGCUCUGCCCUGUUGUCCUGUGUGACCCGGGCACCAUACUCAGCAGGGAGAAUCAGACCUUUGAAGACAAGACGACCCAUGUAGACAGCAGCAGACUCGCCUCCAGCAACAUCGACUUCGCCCUCAGUCUUUAUAAGCAGUUGGCUUUGAAGACCCCCAACAAGAAUGUCAUCUUCUCACCCGUGAGCAUCUCCACGGCCUUGGCCUUUGUGUCCUUGGGGGCCCAUGGUACCACCCAGACAGAGAUUCUUGAAGGCCUGAAGUUCAACCUCACAGAGAUCUCUGAGGCCGAAAUCCACCAGAGCUUCCAGCACCUUCUGCACCUCCUCAACCAGCCCAGCGACCAGCUGCAAUUGAGCAUGAGCAACGCCAUGUUCCUCCAUGAGCAUCUGAAUCUGCUGGAGAAGUUCAAGGAGGACGCCCAGGCACUGUACGGGGCUGAGGCCUUCAACACCAACUUCCAGGACACCGCCACCACCGAGACACUCAUCAACGACUAUGUGAAAAAGAAAACCCAAGGCAAAAUCGUAGACUUAGUCAGCAACCUUGACCCCCACACAGUGAUGAUGCUGGUGAACUGCAUCUUCUUUAAAGCCAAAUGGCAGAGCCCUUUUGAUCCUCAAGAUACAUACAAGUCCAAGUUCCGUGUGAGCAAGAGAAAAACCGUGAACAUUCCCAUGAUGAACAUCGAGGAUUUGACCACACCUUACUUCCGGGAUGAGGAGCUCUCCUGCACCGUGGUAGAACUGAAAUACACUGGCAAUGCCAGCGCACUCUUCAUUCUUCCCGAUGAGGGCAAAAUGGAGGAAGUGGAAGCCAUGCUGCUCCCGGAAACACUGACAAGGUGGAGACAGUCACUCCAACCCAGACUGAUCCAUGAGCUCUACUUGCCUAAAUUCUCCAUCUCCAGCAACUAUAAUCUGAAAGAUGUACUUCCCCAGCUGGGCAUAAAGGAAGUCUUCAGCCAGCAGGCUGACCUCUCAGGAAUCACAAAGGACCAGAACGUGAUGGUCUCCCAGGUGGUCCAUAAGGCUCAGAUUGAUGUGGCUGAAUUGGGUACAGAAGCAGCUGCUGCCACAGGAGUGAAAAUGGUCCCUAUGUCUGGAAGAUUGGGCCCACUGACCAUUCUGCUCUUCGACAGACCUUUCCUGACUAUCAUCGUCUCCAAAGAGCAACAGGACAUCCUCUUUCUGGGCAAAGUCUUCAACCCUAAGGAAGCCUAG